GACCUUCAUUUACCUGUUGCCGUACCCCAAGUUCCCUCCUCGCCGAGACGCGAGUUUCCUGCAGACUGGAGUAUAAAGACGCGACUUCUAUUUAUGUCCUCCCAACCUUUCACCUGGGCAGAACAUUUAAAAGCACAAGAGGAGGCUCAGGGAUUCGCUCAGCACUGCCGAGCCACAGAAGCAAACUUGCCGCAGAGCAUACAGGAACCAAAGCUGUCGACAGAACUGCGCUGCGCCUUUCAGCAAAGCCUCGUGUACUGGCUUCACCCUUCACUGCCAUGGCUGCAGCUGUUCCCUCGGAUUGGAGCAGAUAGAAGAAUAGUUGGAAAGGCUAGUCCCUGGUCACAGGAUGAAGCCUUGCAGCAAGUGCUAAUGAGUGACUGGUCUGUCAGCUUUACCUCCCUGUACAACCUGCUCAAAGCCAAACUGUGUCCCUACUUCUACGUGUGCACCUACCAGUUCACUGUCCUGUUCCGUGCAGCUGGUCUGGCGGGAAGUGACGUUGUCACAGCUGUGAUUUCUCCCACAACUAGAGGCUUAAGGGAAGCCAUGAGAAACGAAGGCAUAGAGUUUUCUUUACCGCUGGUAGAAGAAAGAACCAGGAAACAGAAAAAUUCCAAAGUGAAUCUGGAAACAGAAGUUGCCAACAGCAUCGAAGUGGGCAACAGUGUGGAAGAAGGAGAGGAACCAGCCCCGGGCGAUGACGAUGAUGAUGAAAGCUUCUCUUGGCUUGAGGAGAUGGGAGUCAAAGACAAGGUUAAGAAACCAGACGCUAUUUCUAUCAAACUUCGUAAGGAGAAGCAUGAGGUGCAGAUGGAUCACAGGCCGGAAUCCCUUGCCUUGGUGAAAGGAACAAACACGUUCACCUUGCUGAACUUCUUGGUAAACUGCAAGAGCCUGGUGGCUGUUGCAGGCCCGCAAGCAGGGCUGCCGCCAACUCUCUUGUCCCCCGUCGCCUUCCGGGGCGGGACCAUGCAGACGCUCAAAGCUCGAAGCGUAAAUGCCAAAGCCCAGGUUCACUCGGCGUACAAGGAUAUAUUCAGCUUGGAGAUCGUAGGCCCAGUCCUGCCUCACUCCCUGCACGCCCUGACCAUGCUGCUCGCGCCGGCGCAGCGGGGAGCCUUCUCUGCCGCGUUGUACGCGCACGAGCCAACCGCUGUCUUCAACACCGCUCUUGACGGCACGAGCCCCGCCGCCAGUAAGGAAACCAUAUGCCAAGACCUCCCUGCGUGUGGGCUGCAUCCCAAGACUUUGGAUCAGCUGAGUCAGUGCCCAACCUUGGGAAGAUCUUCCAUCCGCUUUCUGGAAAUGAAGGAUUAUGCUUAUACCUGGAAGUUGUAG